UGGUCCCAGAAGCGCAAGGUCGAGGUGGUGUCGCCGGCCACGCCCGUCCCCGCCCCCACCGAGACCUCGCAGGCCUCAGUCUUCCCCCAGAACGGCUCCGCGCGCCGGGCGGUGGCGGCUCAGCCGGGCCGGAAGAGGAAAUCGGCGUGCCUGGGGACAGACGAGGACUCGCAGGACUCGUCGGACGGGGCCCCCUCGGCGCCGCGCAUGACCGGGAGCCUGGUGUCGGACCGCAGCCACGACGACAUCGUCACCAGGAUGAAGAACAUCGAGUGCAUCGAGCUGGGCCGGCACCGCCUCAAGCCCUGGUACUUCUCGCCGUACCCGCAGGAGCUGACGGGGCUCCCGGUGCUCUACCUGUGCGAGUUCUGCCUCAAGUACGGCCACAGCCUGCGCUGCCUGCAGCGGCACCUGACCAAGUGUGACCUGCGGCACCCCCCCGGCAACGAGAUUUACCGCAAGGGCACCAUCUCCUUCUUCGAGAUCGACGGCCGCAAGAACAAGAGCUACUCGCAGAACCUUUGCCUGCUGGCCAAGUGUUUCCUGGACCACAAGACCCUUUACUACGACACCGACCCCUUCCUCUUCUACGUCAUGACCGAGUACGACUGCAAAGGCUUCCACAUCGUGGGCUACUUCUCCAAGGAGAAGGAGUCGACCGAGGAUUACAACGUGGCCUGCAUCCUGACCCUGCCCCCGUACCAGCGCCGCGGCUACGGCAAGCUGCUCAUCGAGUUCAGUUACGAGCUCUCCAAGGUGGAGGGGAAGACGGGCACACCUGAGAAGCCGCUCUCGGACCUGGGGCUGCUCUCGUACCGCAGUUACUGGUCCCAGACCAUCCUCGAGAUCCUCAUGGGGCUCAAGGCCGAGGCCGGGGAGCGGCCCCAGAUCACCAUCAAUGAGAUCAGCGAGAUCACGAGCAUCAAGAAGGAGGACGUGAUCUCCACCCUGCAGUACCUGAACCUCAUCAACUACUACAAGGGCCAGUACAUCCUGACGCUCUCCGAGGACAUCGUGGAGGGCCACGAGCGCGCCAUGCUGAAGCGGCUGCUGCGCAUCGACGCCAAGUGCCUGCACUUCACCCCCAAGGACUGGAGCAAGCGCGGCAAGUGGUGAGGCCACGCCCCGGCCACGCCCCGCCAGGCCACGCCCCCCUCGCUACCUGGCGCCGCUCAUUAACCGACACCUGGCCCCGCCCACACCUGGCUCGGCAAAUCCUUUAUUGACCGUGAAAGGGGCGGGGUUUUGCUGGCCACGCCCUCUGCGGGAGUGGUCCUGGGUGUGGCCUCGAGAGGCCCCACCCACAGUGGGAGUGGCUUCAUUUGUGGGUGGAGCCCCCUGUGAACAGCAUUUGUAUUUUUAAUAAAAGUGGGUGGGGCUUCCAAAGGCCCCACCCAUACUGGGAA